CGAGGCGCAGCCGCCACUGCAGCCGCCGGAGCCGCGAUGCCUAAAGGAGGUAGAAAGAAAAGCCACAAAGGCCGGGUGAGGCAGUAUACAAGCCCAGAGGAGACUGAUGCCCAGCUGCAGGCUGAGAAGCAGAAGGCCAACGAAGAAGAUGAACAAGAAGAAGGUGGAGAUGGGGCUUCAGGUGACCCCAAAAAGGAGAAGUCUCUAGACUCAGAUGAGAGUGAAGAUGAAGAUGAUGACUACCAGCAAAAGCGAAAAGGUGUGGAAGGGCUCAUUGACAUUGAGAAUCCCAACCGGGUGGCACAGACAACGAAGAAGGUCACACAACUGGAUCUGGAUGGGCCAAAGGAGCUUUCAAGGAGAGAACGAGAAGAAAUCGAGAAGCAGAAAGCAAAAGAGCGCUACAUGAAGAUGCACUUGGCUGGGAAGACAGAGCAGGCCAAGGCUGAUCUUGCCUGGCUGGCAAUCAUCCGGAAACAGCGGGAGGAGGCAGCAAGAAAGAAAGAAGAGGAGAGGAAAGCAAAAGAUGACGCAACUUUGUCAGGAAAACGAAUGCAGUCACUCUCCCUGAAUAAGUUAGCUGGCCUGUGGGAGAUGCCAGGGAACUGGGCCGUGCCACCAGGACCUCUACCGUGUCUCACCCACCCUGUGCCCUGGCGCCUCUGCAGCAGCCCCUCAUGGCCAGGAGCCCCUAUAGCCUGGGGCCUCUUCAUCUUGGCACAGAAAUCGUUCAGGGGUUGUGGGGGGGCUGGGGGAGGGGCAGCUGCUAUCUUUGAGACAGAAAGAUUGCAGGACAGCAUUUCAUACAUAGCCAUUUGAAUG